CCGUCUCCCAAUCGGGAAACGGGGUCAUGUUUGAGGCCCGGCUCCGGGACCGUGGUGAAGGGCGGUUGAAAAGUGCUGCUUCGCAGAAGAUGGCCCUGCUGAUGGCCGCGUCCAGCCGGUAGCUAAGGAGGCUGAUUUUUACUCCUUCCGGCUAUGUCCAGUCGAGCAGUCUGGGAACGCGUCCGAGCGAGGGUGCAACGCUUCCCUGAGCUGUUGGCGAGUUGUGGGGAGCAGGCCUCAGUUUAUGGCAAAUGUAUGGCUUCCAAUACUACUGAACAUGGAAACUUGAAAAAGGAUGUAUGUGCCAAGGAAUUUGCAAUGCUGAUGGAUUGCUUCACAGAGGCUGCAAAAAGGAAUGUAAAGACUUGAAAUGGAUACUGAUGGCAAAUCUGGGAUUUAUACUUGUUUUCAGCACGAAGAAUAAAGAAAAUUUCCAUCUGUUGUGUACUGAGAUUCAAAAAUGGAAUAUUUCCCAAUGUGCCAAGAACUAAUGGCUUUUCAAUUUAUGCAUGUGUGUACUAUAAGCACAUUCUGGAAAACUUUUUUUUUUAAAAUGUAAGACUCAGUGUGGGGGGAGGUUUAAUUUAAACAUGGGAUGAGCAGUGUAAUUUCUCGGAGUGGCAAGAGGCAAAGCUCAAGACCAAGAAGUAUAAAGCCAGAAAGUACAUAAAUACCAUUUAAUUCAGAUUUUUGUAAUGUUAGAAUUUCUAUUAGCAAAUAUGUCAGGUUCCCUUUGGUAAAAUAUGACAUUAAUAUACCAGUGGCCUUCUCCUAUCAGUGGAGUGUCUGUUAAAUUAGGUACUUGUACCAAUUUGGCCCUGAGGAUUUACUAAUUCCCUUCUUAUUUACAGGAAUAAAAUAAGAUACUCUGUAGAUCUUGCUUAAGCUACUUUAUAUUGCUAAUUCCAGCUCCUGAAAAACUGGGGCAAAGAAAGCCCAGAGUGGCCAACUCCCUAACAGUCAUUGGUCAUUUACCCAAAAAUAUCCAGUUAUGGUAUAUAGAAAAAUCCUGAUAUUUGCAACUCUGAAUAUUUGAUUUCCCUUCUGAAUAUGAAUUUCCUCACUAAUGCUUUCGGGGGGAGGAAUCUAAUCAGUGAAAUUGCCUAAGGACCAAAAUGUGUUUGUGUAUAUGUGCCAAGGUUCCACAGAACGGCUCAAAAUCUGACUAGUAACAAUAUGAAGAUUGGGGCAGAGCUGUACUUGGUUGGCUAGGAAUGCUAAGCUUCCACGUUAAUGCUCCUAAAACGCCUUGGGGAUUUGUCAAACUCUGUUCAGCUCUAGAGUCAAAUAUCAAUUAGGUAGGUUUCUAGAAUGCAACUUUGGUCACAAAACACAAACGUUUAUCUUUGUAUUAAUGCAUGUUUGUGAAAAUAUUAAAUGGAAGCAGUUUGGUCUAAUGCAGUGGUUCUCAACAUUUGUGUGACGGCAACCCCCGUCACACAAACGUUCUGCGCAUGCGCGGUGGCGCCCCCACGCGUGGCACGCAUGUGCGGCAGCGCCCCAUGUGCGGUGCGCAUGCAUGGCGGCGGCCGCAUGUGCAGCGGAGGGGAGAAAAUGGCGGAUCGCCUUCUUUGGCGACCCCCGAAAAAUGGUCGAUCGACCCCAAAUGGGGUUGCGACCCAUAGGUUGAGAACCACUGGUCUAAUGAUUAAGGCCCCAGGCUGGAAAGCAGGAAACCGUGAAUUCUAGUCCCGUCUAAGCAUGAAAGCCAGCUGGCUGAUCUUGGGCCAGUCACUCUCAGCCCAUAUUGUCAAGCUCAGGCAACAAGCUGGUUCAUUGGUCAAUUCCUGUCGCAACCAAUGGACCAACAUUAGUUGAUCUGGGGGGAAAAUGGGAGGGGAGAAGGAACACUGCCUUUGUGAGAAAAAUGCUAGGAAAGAAAAAAAAAGUUUAUGAAAGUAUUAAAUAUCAUAUAUCAGUAUUUUUUACAAAUCUGUCAGUUUAUUAUGACCAUGUCUCUGAAAAUAAUUGGAUUGUACUCUAGCUGGGAACAAGCCCAGUAUGUAUGUCAUCAGGGUGAUUAAUAAGAUUACUUGAAGCUCUGUAA